UUUCGAUACUCACGUCAGUAUCGAUAUAUCGAUACUUAGGCUCGAUACGCCCAUCCCUAAGGGACACUACUCCGGAUCAUUCCCAGACCACCUCACGAUGGACAGAUAAACAGGAAUGCACCCUUGAUCCUGUGAGCCACUGAAAGAGAUGCUUUCCUGCCAUCGGUUGAUCCUCGCGUCGCUCCAGCUGUGUUUGUUGUUGUUGUUGUUGUUGUUGUUGUUGUUAUUUACCGACAGCAGAAGUUUGAAAUGCUCACCGGGGAAAGUGUGCCCGGACCGACCGCCUGUGGUUCUCAUUCCAGGAGAUCUUGGGAAUCAGCUUGAAGCGAAACUUGACAAACCUAGUGUAGUGCACUUCAUCUGCUACAAGAAGACCAAGGACUACUUCACAUUAUGGCUCAACCUGGAGCUGCUGAUGCUGGUGGUCAUUGACUGCUGGAUUGAUAACAUGAGGCUACUGUACAAUCGUACAACCCACCUCACUGAAGCUCCUCCGGGAGUGGAUGUCAGAGUGCCAGGGUUUGGACAGACCAAUAGUUUGGAAUAUCUGGAUCCUAGUAAACGGUGUGUGGGCAGGUACUUCUUCACUAUAGUACAAGAACUGGUUAACUGGGGUUAUACCAGAGACGAUGAUGUUCGAGGUGCCCCCUAUGACUGGCGUAAAGCCCCAAAUGAGAAUAAGGAGUACUUCUUGCGUCUGCAGCAGAUGAUUGAGGAGAUGGCUAAUAAAGCUGGAGGUCCUGUGGUUCUCAUUGCACACAGUAUGGGGAAUAUGUACAUGCUCUAUUUCCUUAAUCGCCAGCCACAAGCUUGGAAGGACCGGUACAUCAAGGCAUUUGUGUCUCUAGGGCCUCCAUGGGCUGGAGUGGCCAAAACUCUGAAAGUUAUGGCAACAGGUGACAACGACCACGUUCCUUUGAUCAGUCCUCUAAAUAUCCGCACCCAGCAGCGUACGGCCGUCUCCACCGCCUGGCUCUUCCCCUAUGCCCACACCUGGCCCAAAGACAUGGUCCUGGUUUCAACCUCCAACACCAGCUACACUGUCCAAGACUAUCAGCGCUUCUUCAAAGAUAUCGACUAUGAGGACGGCUGGGCCAUGAGGCAGGACACAGAAACACUGGUCAAUGCACUUCAGCCUCCGGGCGUUCCUGUCUAUUGCCUUUAUGGCAGCGGCAUCCCCACACCUCAGGGCUAUAAUUACACAAACUUCUCAGAUGCAUAUCCCACCGUCAUCAACGGGGAUGGAGAUGGAACAGUCAACCUGUUGAGUGCGAGACUGUGCAAACGCUGGGUGGGCCAGCAGAAGCAGCCUGUCCACAUGAUCGAGCUGCCUGGGAAUGAACAUCUCGCUAUGCUGUUGAACGCAACCACAGUUGAGCACAUCAAAAAGGUGCUGUUUCCACCAUGAUGGCAUCACACUUCCCGUUUAACUUUGAACUGAAGAUUCUGGUUUGCCAAAGGGACAGGACUCGGUUCUGCUUUUUUGGUGGGAUUUGUCGUUAUCGUAAUUCGCUUUCAGGUUUAUCAGGAGAUCAGCGUGAAAUAGUCGGCUUUUGUUGGGCACAAUCAGCAUUUAUAGAAAUUGUUUUUUCUUUACUCCUCAAUUCAAAUCUAACAUUUUAAUAUUAUAUAGAUUUUAAUGCACAAAUUACAGUUGUUUAAUCUGAAAUAGCAAUUGCCUGCCGUUAAUCUGUCAAUUACAUUUUUUAAAUAUUGUCAGUUUUUAACCUCUAACCUCCUACUUCUUGAAAUCUACUGAUUUUGUCUAGUGCUUUUUUAUGCAUUUUCUAUCCAAAUUGUUCUGACAUUGCAGUAUUUCUGUUGAUCCUAUCGAACAAGCAAGUGGCUAUUUAUCAGGCUGUCCAUGACCAGUAUUGAUUUAUGUAUAUUUAUCAAGUGGUCUCGAAUGUAGAAUGUGCAACACGACUUAUUUAUAUCGGCUUAACCUGUGUGACUGCAAUUGUGCCAGGACCCAGGAUGGGUUAACCGAGGUUACACUUGUACAAACUCUGCUCAGUUAUUUGUGCUUUUGUUUUUUACAUGAACUGACCUUUUGAAUAAAAUGAACUCUGAUUUGUGAAGCAAGUUAUUUGUUGCCUUUAAAACUGGGGUUGUAAGAUUAUGUUCCGUCAUUAAAACAAAGACUGUAUUUAAGGUACAACUGUGGAAAGUGAAACAAAGUCUUUCAGUUUCAGGAUGUGGUGUGUUGCUCGUAAACAGGCUUGAUAGUAAAAAUGCGAUGCAUUUUUCAGUGGAAUUCAAACCCAGGGCCUGGCUGUUUGUCGCUAAACAACA